AUGGAGUGUGGGGUGAGGCAGGGGGGCUUAUCGUCUCCGGCGCUGUUCAACUGGUACAUAAAUGACCUGGUGGCUGGGCUCAGCAGUAUGCAUGCGGGUUGUCAUAUUGAAGGCAUGUGCGCCAACAAUAUAAGCUACGCCGAUGACAUGGUGCUGCUGAGUCCGUCCAUUGGAGCGCUCAGGGAACUCGUGCAAAGGUGCGAAGUCUAUGCGAAUGCACAUGGUCUGGUGUACAACUCUGCCAAGAGCGAGAUUAUGGUCUUCAAGGCGGGCAAAAUUAAGCCUUAUUACAUACCGCCCGUCGCUCUUGGUGGGGUUGUGCUUAGAAAUGUGCGAAGGGUGAAGUAUCUUGGUCACAUACUGACGGAUGACCUGUGUGAUGACCAGGAUAUAGAGAGAGAGCGUAGGGCGUUGUCUGUGCGUUGUAAUAUGCUGGCCCGCAGGUUCGCAAGAUGCUCAGACGACGUAAAAAUCGUGUUAUUUAAGGCAUACAGCCAAUCUUUUUACACGAGCGGCCUGUGGGUCAAGUACACAAAGCGAGCAUAUAACGCCCUACGCGUACAGUACAACAACGCGUUCAGGAUGCUGUUGGGGCUGCCACGAUGGUGCAGUGCGUCAGGCAUGUUUGCCGAGGCGCACAAAGAUGGCUUUCAUGCACUGAUGAGGAAAAAGAUCGUCUCCCUCUUGACUCGUGUCAGAAAGAGUCCCAACAGCAUCCUGAAAACGAUUGCAGGCAGAUUGGAUUGCCCAAUCCUAUGGUAUUGGAUUGGGCAAAUCAAAUCGGUUCUUUUGUAUAUAAAAUAA